AUGGAAGAGGAGCUAUACGAUGAGUUUGGAAACUUGAUAGGAGCAGAAUCGGAUGAUUCGAUAUCUGAUGAGGAGCAACAGGAUCUUCUGGUUGAAGAACCGGAGGAAUUGGAGCACGACGGGCUAAAUUCAACAGCACUAGCUGUCAGGAAUAAUCUGGAUGAUGCAUUUUCAGAUGAUGUGGAGGUUUUGGUCGAAACUGAAGACCGGCAAACCAUUGAACGUCCUUUGGUGGAGCCGAGUGAGGCCGCUCGAGACGACACUGCUGUGUACACUAAAGCGGUCGAAAAUAUUCCGCGAGCUUCUUACGAUAUGGAGUACCUGAAAUCGUUGCUCAAAAUACCAGAAAGGAUAAAAAAUGUUGCUGUACUGGGUGCACUGCAAUCUGGGAAAACCUCGCUUAUAGAUAUGUUAGUGUCUGAGGCACACGAAAAGAUCCCUAACAUAUCGAAAUUGGUACGAAAGGGGUGGAAACCGCUCAAGUACCUGGAUAACACAAAGCUCGAGAUCGAGCGAGGUCUAAGUUGCAAGCUUAACGGCUUUACUUUCCUAGGCAGUGAUCUUCAAAGCAAAUCGGUGGCUAUCACGAUGCUCGAUAGCCCUGGGCAUGUUAAUUUCAUUGAUGAGGUUACAGUGGCCACGGCGGCAUCAGACUCGUGCCUCAUAGUUAUUGAUGUGGUAGAAGGUGUGACAGCGAUGGUCCAGCAAUUGAUAAAACUGGCGCUCAAUUUGAAGCAGAGGAUAGUAUUCGUCAUAAACAAAAUUGACCGAUUGAUACUGGAAUUGAAGCUACCGCCUCGGGAUUCCUAUUUAAAACUGGCACAUUUAGUCAAGCAGAUCCAAAAAGUCGCAGGUUAUCACUACUCUCCAGAAAAAGAUAAUAUAUUAUUCGCAUCAGCUAAAUUAGGCUUUACAUUCAGCAUCAGCGAGUUCGUUUUGUACAACUACUCGGGGCAGCUAGAUGAUAAUCAGAUGCGCGGAUUGGUAGAAAGGCUAUGGGGUAAUGUUUACUUUCAGUCGGGAAAGUUCUCAUCCCAAAAGAACGAAAAAAUGAUGCCGACUUUCUGCGAGUUUGUACUAGUGCCCUUGUACAAAAUCUUUGCACAUACUCUUUCUGGUGAUCCAAAGAAGUUGGCAUUGACAUUGAAACGUCACUUCGAUGUGGAUUUGGAUCAAGAGGAUUUAAAUGAAGAUCCACAGCCGCUUUUGCGAAAGGUGCUGGGUCUGGUAUUUCGUUUGCAAAAAGGGCUCAUCCACAGUAUUAAUAAUUUGACAUCUUCUGCACAUGAAAUGAAUAGCGUUAAGUUGGCUCAUCAGGGCUUUCCCAUUCAAAGUGAAUCAUUUUUGGCUCAUGUGAUAAAACUCAUGGAUUAUUGUGGGGACAUUUGGGCUCUGGUCAGAGUUUAUCAGGGAAGAAUAAAGGUUCAUGAUACCUUUAGAGCAAUAGAUGCGGGUACGGCUAACGAUGAAGACGUUCACCAAUGUAUAAUUAAGGGUAUUGGUAUCAUCGGCGGUAGAUACAUUUUACCCGUGGACGAAGCUAAUGAAGGUCAAAUCAUUCUCAUAAAUGGAAUAGAUAAAUUUUUCACUAAGUCGGGCACCAUAACAAACUCUACGACCGCUUCUUUCCCCCCAAUUAACUAUCUGAAUGAACCUGUCUUCAAAAUUGUCCUGAAAGCUUUAAACCCAAGAGAACUUCCAUUGAUGGUAGAGGGGUUAAACAAAAUAAAUAAGCUUUACCCUGGAAUGAUAACAUGUGUGGAAGAAAGUGGUGAAACCAUCGUGUUAGGUACUGGGGAACUUUACCUGGAUUGCUUACUCUAUGAUCUCAGAACCAAUUACGCCAAAAUAGAAAUUCAAGUCUCGAAUCCUCUAGUAAAGUUUGCUGAAAGCUGUAUGGGAGAGUCAUUUGCGUCUAUUCCUGUGAGUAAUGCUAACGAAACGCUGACUGUAAGCAUGGGCGCGCAAGUUUUGGAAACUGACUUGGUAAACGACAUAUCCAAUGGCGUUAUUCCUGACACUGAGACUGAAAAUUUGCCAUGGCUGUCUAAAAUGCUGCGUAAAAGUUAUCACUGGGAUUCUCUAGCGGCAAGAAACGUGUGGGGGAUGCACAAAGGAAAUACACUGGUCAACGACACUUUGCCCGAUGAUGUUGACCAAGAAUUACUCUCAGAUCUCAAGGACUCAAUCUACCAGGGCUUCGAGUGGGCAAUAAGAGAAGGCCCUCUGGCCGAGGAGCCCAUCUUUGGGGUAAACUUUCGAAUUUUGAAUUUUUCGAUCGAUGGUGAUAUCCCAAUGGGCCAGUUAAUCUCCCUUGUGCGAAAAGCAUGUUACGUGGCUUUUUUGACCGCCGAACCAGCUCUUUUAGAGCCUAUUUACGAGGUGAAUGUUUUGGCUCACGAUCUUCUGACAGAUGUCGUCGAGGAACUUUUUGCAAAAAGACGUGGGGGUCGUAUUUAUAAACGCUUAAAAAUUCCUGCAACUCCAUUAGUCGAAAUACGGGGCUGUAUUCCUGUUAUUGACUCUAUAGGUUUUGAGACAGAUCUGCGCCUAGCGACGAACGGUGAAGCCAUGUGCCAAUUGCAUUUUUGCAAGAAAACAUGGCGUAAGGUCCCCGGGAACGUGAUGGACGAAAACGCGGCCAUUCCCAAGUUAAAAUCAGCACCCCCAGAGAGCAUGAGCCGCGACUUCGUGAUGAAAACUAGGCGUCGGAAGGGACUUUCGUCGGAUGGCUACGCAACACAAGAUGGCCCCUCGUUGGAACGCUAUAUUGACGCCGACCUAUUUCAAAAAUUGAAGGAGAAACAGCUUCUUUAA